AGCCUUGGGACGGACGCGUUUUUGGUGUGGGGAGCGUCUUAGCCCUUGCUCGCAGCGCUCAGCCUUUAGCAUUCAGCCUUUCCGCGCUCCCUCUGUCCCCAAGGGCCGGUGCUCGCUCUCCCCAGCCGGACUGUCCCGUCCUGCCCCAGCCUCGCCACCUCGCGGGCUGCCCAGACGCCGGGUACCAGCCUAGGAGCAGUGGGGGGAAGUUUGCGAGCAACUUAGCCAGAGAAGGAAAGGAGGAGAGAGAGAUAGGAGACAGGAGGAGGAGGAGGAGGAAAAGGGGAAGGAGGAGAGCAGCCUGCGCCCGGCCCGCGCCCGCAGCGAGUUGGGAAGCCGGGCGCGCCGCGAUGAGCCCGUGGCUCAGUCUCGUGGUGCUUCUCAGCAGCUGGAGCCUGAGGGAGCUGGGGGCGGACGCGUGCACUUGUUCCCCAAGUCACCCCCAGGACGCUUUCUGCAACUCGGACAUCGUGAUCCGUGCCAAGGUGGUCGGGAAGAAGCUGGUGAAGGAGGGACCCUUUGGGACGCUGAUUUACACCAUCAAGCAGAUGAAGAUGUACAGGGGCUUCAGCAAGAUGCCCCAUGUGCAGUACAUCCACACGGAAGCUUCUGAGAGCCUUUGUGGGCUGAAGUUGGAAGUCAACAAAUACCAGUAUCUGCUGACAGGCCGGGUAUACGAUGGCAAGAUGUACACGGGCCUGUGUAACUUUGUGGAGAGGUGGGACAGGCUCACCCUGUCCCAGCGCAAGGGACUCAAUUAUCGCUACCACCUGGGCUGUAAUUGCAAGAUCAAGUCAUGCUAUUACCUGCCCUGCUUCGUGACUUCCAAGAACGAGUGUCUCUGGACGGACAUGCUCUCCAACUUUGGCUACCCUGGGUACCAGUCCAAGCACUACGCCUGCAUCCGGCAGAAGGGCGGCUACUGCAGCUGGUACAGGGGCUGGGCGCCCCCGGACAAAACGAUCAUCAAUGCCACAGAUCCCUGAGCUGUCGUCCCUCCCCUUUCCCCUUCCCUCCCUCUUCAGGCUGAGCUUCCCUCGGACACUAACUCUUACCAGACGAUGACAAUGAAAUUAGUGCCUGUUUUCUCGCCAGUUUAGCACUUCGAACACUUAAAAGGAAAAGUCUAUGCCGUCAUACUGAGUUUAUUUUUAAUCACUUUUCCCUCCCCUCCCCCCUUCUUUUUGGCUUUGACAUCACCUGUUUCCACCUGGGGAAAUCUAUGAUGGCUUGCCAGAAAUGAACAAGGAGAGCAAACUUCUUUUAUCGGCGUCUAUAUAAUCUAUAUUUUUUUAGGAAAACAAAAAUCUAAAAACUAUCCCGGUGGGCAUUGUAAUCCCCUCUGUCCCUUCCCUUAUCCCCUCCCUCUUUAUCCCCAGUGCACAAAUGAUAUACAGACAAGGCAUUUUCUGAAGGGAGGAGAGCGAUAGGAUGGGCCAAGACCAGCAAGGAAACAAAUCCCAAGGCAUGUGGGGAAUUUUAAACCAUGAGGAGAUGGGAUGGGAUCCCCUAACGGCCUCUUGGAACUCUUUGUCUGCAUGCACGCCUGAGAGCGUGAUAUGAAGGGGAGGUGGGCAUGUUUGUGUGCAUCCCAGCCCCCCUGCAGAUCCUCCCCCAGAUGGAGGUGCUCUCCCUAGACUGCACAGUUUCAUUGGUGCAGAGCCAGGAGAAAAAUGUGCCUGCCUCUUAACAGCAGACCAGGUGAAAGGCUGAGAGCCCCAAAAAGUGCUCGGAGAAACUCUGUGGUCUCUGUUUGGCAGGGAGCUUAUCAUGUACAUUUAAGAAAUACAUACACACAACUCUUAGCUAGAGUCCUCUAGAAUGUUGCUUAGAGAACACCAUUGCCAAAUAGCUUUUAGCUCAAAGGGGGAGGGGGGAAUGUAUUAGGUGCACAUAUACCUAUAGCCACACAGAGGGAUAAUCUAAGUUUUUACAGGACACAGAAUUACAUUCAAUGCUGUUGAAAUCCUCUUUCUCCCUGCCUUUUUUGUUUUGACAUUCCAAGUUGUUGGCUUUUGAUAUUAAAAUUUUCAACUCCUGAGAACUCCAGGGCAGAAGCCCAGAGCAUUAAGAACCUCUCCUCCCUCCUCCAAAGCUGGUGGCCUCAACAUGGCACCCGGGGCACGGAGAUGAGAAAGGUAGGGGUGGAGUGAGUGCAGAUGGAGAGAGGAUGGAAUCUGCCUCUCACCUAAUGGAAUGGCCAUCCCCUCACUGCUUCCAGAAAUGGCCGGAUUGUACAGUGGCUCCUUUCCCAGCUUCCUGCUGCUGGACCCCAUGGCCUACAGUUCGCUUCUUCCUUGUCCCCACAGCAUAGCAAGUGGUGUUACACAUUAAGAGAGGUUGAUUUUGCUGUUUGCUGGAGGGCUUUUUGUUGUCUUUUGAUUUUUUUAAAGAAAACUAUAAUAUAAAUUCUCUUAUUAAAUAAAGUUAUUUUAAGUUUUAAUGUUGAUAAAUAGGAAAUACUGAGAAAAUGGUUGAUGAUGUGCAUUUUGCAGAGUUUUGGGGGUGGUGACAUUUAACACAAGAUUUUCUUUUUUUUUUUAAAGAUUAUAGUUAUUUAUCAAACAUGAUUUCGAACCUUCAGUUCAUUCCACUUUAGGAAACAGAGCUGCUCCGCUUUUUGGUUUGGUUUUGGAUUUUAAAUCACCAACAUAAUACUUCUGCAUGUACAUAUACACACACAUACCCCAAACCCUGAAAAAGGCAUUUGAAAUAACCCUAGUUUAUAUGCAUCCUUUAUCCUCAGUACCCUUAUUCCACCUUCCAGUCUUUCUGACCUGGAGAGCAGCAGCUUGGAGGGAAUCGAUGUAGAUGAGGUGGUGACCAGACUGCUGGAGACAACAGUGGUGCCCACGAAUGACUAAGGCUAGCUGGCCAUCGGUUCUUGUUACCUCAAGCUAGAGUAUUUAGCUUUUUUGUAGCCCCCCCAGGGCCAGCCUAUUGGGUAUCCUGAACUCCAGUUUCCUUGAGGCAUGAGUGUUGCCUUCUUUAGAAGGUAGCCAAUUAUAUUGGCCACUGGCCAUCUUGGGUGAUCUUCAGAGGCCCCCUCAUGGUAAUUUAGAGACUCAAACUAAGACCUUAAAAAAAAAAAGCAAAUGCUGGAUGGCCUCCAGGGAACACAGAAGCGAUGGUAGGAGGGAAUCCACCUCUCUUUCUACCAGCUCCAGGGCAGAGACAGGGGAGGGUCUUGGCAAAAAAAAAAAAAAAAAAAAAAGAAAAAAUUCUCUUGUGUAAUGUCCAAGGGUGAUUACUGAGCUUGCUAUAAACUACAGCUUUGUUGACUAUACCUGUUCACUUAAUGUUUAAUUCAAGGUCAUUUAUGUAGCUGAGACAUCUCACUACUUCAAAUUAUUGUUAAUUUUUUGUUUUGGUUUGCUAAGUUCUGUGUUGUAUGUAGGUUGUAAUAUCUGCGCAAUUUUUUUUUCAAAGCAAAACUAGACUCUUCCCCUCCCCCCCACAUGCCACCAAAUUUUGUUAAUAUUUUGAAAGUUAAAACAUUUGAAGUGUAGAUAGCCAGACUGGCAAAAUGUGGUUGAUUAGAGAGUAAAUAACUCUUUGCUUCCAUUGGAAGAAGUGACAUUUGACUUGGGCAUGCCCUUGGGUGGCAAGAAUUUUCCUGGUGGAAGAGAGAACAAGUCAGGGCAAAAAAAGUUGCGUGACUGGUAAAAACACGGGAGAAAGACUUGUCCUAUGGAUGUAAAAAUAAAUCUUUAGAAGGGGGAUGAGGGUAGCUCUGGAUUGAGCUUUUUCCUCUGACAAGCCAAGUCUGGCAUCAAAAGUUUGACUGUCUUGGCCUUCUCUUUCACUCCCAAACCUACCUAUUAGCAAUACCUGGGUCCUGACAGACCAGGAAUUUGACUUCAAAUGCACUCCUCCUACUUGGCCAGGUGAUGCUUUUUCCCCUCAUCCCUAACACCAAACCGCAACCAUGGUGGCACUAGAGAUAUCAGUUCAAGAUCCUCAUGAGCUCACUUUCCAUGAUUCUUGGGAAAGGACAAAUUGGAUUGGGGGAGGGGAACUAGAAGCCAACAGCCAAUUGGAAACAUACUUCCCAACAGACACAAGAGCCUGGCCUCUUUGGAAUGAUUUGUUUUCUGAUUGUAACAUGACAGUGGUGGCUCCAGUCUGUCAUCUCUUACCAUCCCUACGUUCUCCCCACCUCAUGCAUGGAUAUAGACCAUUGACUCUGGCAGUGGUGAUGGGAAGGUGGAGUCAGUUACCAUAGGGUAGUGCCUAAGAGUUUCACUGCUGGCUGCGUCUUUAAAAAAGAGACAAAGGUCAUUGGAGUAGCUGGAAGGGAGCCGGAAGUCAAAGUACGCAUGGCUUUGGCCAAAAGAAAGAGUGACGGGGGAGUUGAGCAGACAUAGAGUUUAGAGCUGGAAGGUCAUCUCGUUCAAUCCUCUCUCCUUUUACAGAUGAGGAAACUGAGGCCCAGGAAAGUUGAGUGAUUUCCUCAAGGUUACACAGGGAAUAAGCGACAAAGCAGGGAUUCAAACUCAGGCCCUCUGAUGCUGAAUCCAGCCCUAUUUCUGCUACACAGACAUCAACAGCUUUUAAAUUAGAUUCCCCCCACCCUGGUCAAGAGAAAGAGCAUGAGAUGGAGGGAGCAGAUUCUCUGGCACUGAUUAAGCCUUCAGAGAAUGACCUGAAUGAGCUUGUGGCGUCCACAGGCAUCUAAACUGUCUCCAACCCUUCUGUGUAGGCAGUCUGCCGUCCUUGUGUUAUGGGAGGGAAAACCACCAGGAGAAAACCUUGUCUGGAAGGAAUGUAUUUGUCGCUAAAUUUUGUAGCACUGUUUACAGUUUUCCUCCAUGUUAUUUAUGAAUUUUAUAUUCCGUGAAUGUAUAUUGUCUUGUAAGGUCAUGUGGCAUAAUGUUCACUUUUUAUAGUGUGUCCUUUAUUCUAAAUAGUAAAGUGGUUUUAUCUCUAUCACAAACACUA